AAUGAAAUCAAUGGAGGAUCAAAUCAACAACAAUUGAAUAAUCAUACGACACCACCAUCAUCACCCAACAUUACAACACCAAUAACUUCAGCAGCAAUAACCAACACAAUAAAGAAAUCAUUAGGAAAAAUUAAAACUGAUGAUACCGACCACCAGUUGUUACAUGGUAGCUUCUCUUCUGGUUGUAAAGUCUGUACAACUAAUCAAGGUAUCCUCUAUGGUAUUGAGGAAGAAAAAGAAAACCUGAUGUUCAAAUUCAUUGGAUCUUCACCAAACAAGCCAGCUGGAAGUACUUUUGCCAAUACUAGCUCCAGAGAAGAUGUUCAAGUUAUGUGUAUCAAGAGAUAUGGUAUUAUCGUGUCCAAAGAUAUUGGUUCAACUAUUUAUCAAUUGGCAAGAAGUAAUAAUACCGAAACCGAAACCGUCUUAGAUGAUCUCAUUGAAACAGGAAAGUUCGACGAAGAACUAUCAAGAUUAGUCUCCUGUGUAACCGAUGGAAUUAAUGUCCGUGUUCGUUUAUUCAUGAAGUUAUACAACAAGAAAAUUCAACACGAGCUCGCUACCAGUGCAAAUGCUGUCUACAAUAAUUCAAUUGGGUGGAAUGAAUUCAAAUUGGCUGUACAACAAGAGAUUUCAAUUGGUGAACAAUAUAAUCUCCAAAAGCUCAAGAAGAUGUUAGUCAUUUCAUUUAAUGUCCAAGGUAACCAAUCGUUGGUAACAUUAACCUCUGAUAUCGGUAGAAACGAAACCGAUGCUACUAACAAAUUUUAUUCCGUUCUAGAUUCUUAUGUUCCAGUGAAGGAAGUAAGAAUAAACCAAAUACAAAAUUAUAGAUUCAAUAAUUCCAAUAGUCAAGGUCGUGCAGGUGGUUCCAAUAAUCAAGAUGAAUCUGAUGGUCAAUAUCUUAGCAAUGGAUUCAACAAUGGUUCAAGAUUUAAUAAUGGCCAAAGAUUUGAUAAUAACUCAAGGUUCUCUGGUAAUCCAAGGUUUUAA